UCAGCUUCCUUGCGGACCAGACCAGUUGCAUUUUAGCCCUUGAACCUGAUUUAAGACUUGCUUAUAUUUUAUGUCUUAAAAUACACAUUUAAACAUUUAAUUUAAAGUUUUGCGAUGUUAAAGAUAUUGUUUGUGUGUGUUUUAGGAGUUUACAUUCUUGGAUCUGUGGUAACAACGAUUGUGGAGAACAAUGAUGUCAAAUGUGAGAAGAAAAUGAGCAGAUUAAAUUAUUACAAUAAUUGCAACUGUCGUUGUGGAGAAAGGAACGAAAAUUCUCGAAUAGUGGAUGGUGUAAAGACUGCUCAGAACGAAUUCCCAUGGGUUCUUCGUUUAACAUAUUUCGACAAGUUUUAUUGCGGUGGCAUGCUUAUCAACGAUAGAUAUGUACUUACAGCAGCACAUUGUGUUAUUAACCUCAUGUGGUUCAUGAUAAAAGUGACUUUGGGAGAGCACAACCAUUGCAAUGCGACAGUCCGUCCCGAAACGAGGUUUGUCAUCGAGGUUACCGCACAUAAUUUUACAUACCGCUACUUAAGAGAUGAUAUUGCUCUACUGAAGCUGAACGCACCAGUGGAGAUCAGCGAGAUUAUCAAGCCUAUUUGUCUGCCAUUUGACGACGAGAGCAGUUAUGUAAUAUUUAAAGCUUUUGCACUGGGCUGGGGUACAGUGUCUGAAAAGAAAAAUCACUCUUGCGACUUAUUGGAAGUAGAAUUGCCCGUAUUAAGUAAUAAUGAUUGUAAAAAAACCAAGUACGAGGCCUCGAUGAUUGCUGAUAGUAUGAUGUGCGCCGGAUACCCGGAUAAGGGAGGGAAGGAUACGUGUCAGGGAGACAGCGGAGGGCCUUUGUGUGUUGAAAGAAAAGACAAACGAUAUGAACUGAUAGGUGUUGUAUCAUGGGGUAUUGGAUGCGGCCGGCCUGGAUAUCCUGGCGUGUAUACAAGAGUUACUAAGUAUCUUAAUUGGAUUAAAAACAAUAGUUGUGAUGCUUGUUUCUGUAAUGCAACCAUCACUACUACAAAUGAUCAUAAAAAUUAAUGAAUUUAACCAUUCAAUAUAUUAGAAGUAUUAUAUCUUAAUUUUAUAUUACGUACUUACCUUUUAAUUCUGAUUACUUAAAUAAUAUU